AUGCUGAGCAGGUGGAUGAGUGGCAGCAGCAGGAACCUGGACCGCGAGUACAACUGCACCGUGCGGCUGCUGGACGACAGCGAGUACACCUGCACCAUCCAGAGAGAUGCCAAGGGCCAGUACCUGUUCGACCUCCUGUGCCACCACCUGAACCUGCUGGAGAAGGAUUACUUCGGCAUCCGCUUCGUGGACCCCGACAAGCAGAGGCAUUGGCUGGAGUUUACCAAGUCGGUUGUGAAGCAGAUGCGGGCCCAGCCUCCCUUCACCAUGUGCUUCCGUGUCAAGUUCUACCCCAUGGACCCCGCGGCGCUGAAGGAGGAGAUCACCAGGUACUUGGUGUUCCUGCAGAUCAAGAGGGAUCUGUACCACGGGCGCCUCCUGUGCAAGACGUCGGACGCGGCGCUGCUGGCGGCCUACAUCCUGCAGGCUGAGAUUGGGGACUAUGACCCAGGCAAGCACCCAGAGGGCUACAGCUCCAAGUUCCAGUUCUUCCCCAAGCACUCGGAGAAGCUGGAGAGGAAAAUCGCGGAGAUCCACAAGUCUGAGCUGAGUGGGCAGACACCAGCUACUUCAGAGUUGAAUUUCCUCAGGAAAGCCCAGACUCUGGAGACCUACGGGGUUGACCCACACCCGUGCAAGGACGUGUCCGGCAACGCGGCGUUCCUGGCCUUCACCCCCUUCGGCUUCGUGGUGCUGCAGGGGAACAAGAGGGUGCACUUCAUCAAGUGGAACGAGGUGACCAAGAUGAAAUUCGAAGGGAAGACUUUCUAUCUGUACGUAAGUCAGAAGGAGGAGAAGAAAAUUGUUCUCACCUAUUUUGCCCCAACGCCAGAAGCCUGCAAGCACCUCUGGAAGUGCGGGAUUGAGAACCAGGCUUUCUACAAGCUGGAGAAGUCGAGCCAGGUGCGGACGGUGUCCAGCAGCAACCUGUUCUUCAAGGGGAGCCGCUUCCGAUACAGCGGCCGCGUGGCCAAGGAGGUGAUGGAGUCCAGCGCCAAGAUCAAGAGGGAGCCCCCCGAGAUUCACCGGGCCGGGCUGGUGCCGAGCCGCAGCUGCCCGUCCAUCACGCACGGCCCCCGGCUGAGCAGCGUGCCCCGCACCCGGCGGAGAGCCGUGCACAUCUCCAUCAUGGAAGGCCUGGAGUCCCUCCGUGACAGCGCCCACUCCACCCCGGUGCGCUCGGCCUCCCAUGGCGAUGCCUUCGCGGGCCCCGGCCGGAGCAGCCGUGCCGAGAGCAGCGAGCGGGUGGCGGUGAUCGCCGACGAGAGCUACAGCCCCGCGGACAGCGUGCUGCCCACGCCCGUGGCCGAGCACAGCCUGGAGCUGAUGCUGCUGUCGCGCCAGGCCAACGGGGCCCCGUGCAGCAUCGAGGAGGAGAAGGAGUCGGAGGCGGGCACGCCGGCGGCGGAGGCGGAGGGUGAGCUGCGGGCGCUGUGCCCGGGCGCCGGCAGCCUGGGGCCGGCACAGGCCCAACAGGUGAAUAAGUUUCUUUUAAGUGUCCUCCGUUUGCUCCUUGUGACAGUUGGACUCCUCUUUGUUUUGCUCCUCCUCCUGAUCGUCCUUACUGAGUCCGACCUUGACACUGCCUUUUUCCGUGAUAUCCGCCAGACCCCAGAGUUCGAGCAGUUCCAUUACCAAUACUUUUGUCCCCUCAGGCGAUGGUUUGCCUGCAAGCUCCGCGCCGUGGUAAACCUGCUCAUUGACACCUGAAGGCAGGAGCCACCUCGGGGGCCUGGACCUGCCGCCGCCACUCACUAACCCUCCCCUCCCGACCCCGAGCCCGGCCGGCCGAGGAGGCGGCUUUCCGGGAGGAAGAGGAGGGUGGGCGCAGC